GGGCGAUGGGAGGUCCUUGAUCUUGUGAUUGGUACAAAUGCUAUCAGUAUGGGUGAUGUUGAUGAUCAAGGAAGGUUCUGGGUAUCCGAAGGUGGAGGUAAAUGGUGGUGCAUUGAUUUGAGACCGACUAGCAACACUUUCGGCCAGCUUCUGAGCUCUGGCACGUCAGCUACCAAUCUCCUUUCUGGCGUGGGUGACUGGGCAUAUGUCCCUGGUGGAGGCAACUAUCUCUACGCCGUCCAAGCGUCAGUCAUCGAGAGUGGCCUCCUUAGAACAAACAUCGUUCGAUGGUCGUUGACCACGCAAAAGUGGGAGCGGUUCCAAUCCUACCCCAACCUCAUCCUCACAACUCUCAAUCUUGUCUGGGGUGCCGUCAUGGCAGCACCGGACGGGACCCUCUUCGCUCAGGAGACAGUAUUGGGUCAAACGUGGAAGUUCACACUCGGAUCCACAGCAAAUCCUACGGCUAUACCAGGUGGUGCUAUUCUCAACUUGCUAGGAUCAGAUGGAGCCAGGUGCGCGGGUACUUUAGUUUCAUGAUUUGAUGGAUAACAAAAGCGGCAAGAUUGCAACAAGGCCGCGGGUUGGACGCAUGUACUGUCACUUUUCCUUUGUACUAGU